GGGUUACCAGUCGUUGGCAUACCAAGAAACUGCCCCGCAAGACCCACCGAGGGCUGCGUAAGGUUGCCUGUAUCGGGGCAUGGCAUCCUGCCCGUGUGGCUUUCUCUGUGGCACGGGCUGGGCAGAAAGGCUACCAUCACCGCACAGAGAUCAACAAGAAGAUCUAUAAGAUCGGCCAAGGCUACCUUAUCAAGGAUGGCAAACUGAUCAAGAACAAUGCCUCUACCGAUUACGACCUGUCUGAUAAGAGCAUCAACCCCCUGGGUGGUUUUGUCCACUACGGUGAAGUGACCAAUGACUUUGUGAUGCUGAAAGGUUGUGUGGUGGGA